AAACAGUCAUACGUUCCGUGAUCUCGAUGCCACGUGUCAUUUGAUUACACUUGUAAUCAAUGAUAACAUAAUCCCGAUAGACCAGUGAUCUUGUUUGAUCAAAAGCACCUACCAUAAUAAUUAUUGGUGAGGUAUUAUCUUUCUUAAAAUGGCUGCUCCAGAAUUUGACAUUGCUUUGGACCACAACAAGGUACAGGAGGAGGUUUUUCAGUUGCUCGCCUUACUGAAGCCCGACUGGAGGAAGGACGACGUUAAGAUAAAGGUUCUCGAAGAUGGUCACGUGAACGUGAUGAUCGCCUGUUACGUCACUAAGUUGGAGGAGUCGGUUGUUGUCAGGGUAUUUGGAGACAUGAUUGUGUUUCCAAUUCACAAGAAACCAGGCCGGGAGAUCAAGACCGUACGAGUAAUGAACGAGCUCGGUCUGUGUGUUCCGAUUCUGUGCACCUUCAACAACGGCUACUGUAUGGAGUUUGUUCACGGGGAAACAAUUGGCAUGGGUUCAAUUCAUCAAAUUGGAUUUGAUGUUGUCAUAAGGGACUCAUUACGGGAGUUAGCGCGCUACCACUCCAACGAGCACGCGGAACUGGCCAAGGAGAUGGGUUUGGAUGACACGCCCGUCAUAUUCGAAAAUUGCGAAUUUGCACUCGGACUUCAGCCAGAUUUUGAUGACCCAAAAAUAAUGGCAAGCUUCGGCGAUGCCGAACUACCCCCAGACAUGAAAGGGGAGUUGGACGCUAUCGAAAAGAAGCUGUUGCGGUUAUUGAAAGAGGCCGACAUGCCCGUCGCCUUUUGUCACAAUGACACGAAUCCGACCAACGUGUUCUUCGACCAAGAGACCAAAAGUGUGACCUUCCUUGACUACGAGUCCUGCGCGUUCAACUACGUGGCGUAUGAUAUAGCCUAUCUCGUACUCGUUACGAUGACUGGAGCAAGAGUUGAUGCUAAGAAGCACAUGCCGACCAAAGAAGUUGUCGUGACAUAUUUGAAGUAUUAUCUGGAGUGUCGGUGCAAACAAGGAGACAUGGACGCAGUCACGGACGAGAUGGUGGAAACUUGGUAUAAGCACUAUCAAUUAACAGCAUUGGCGAUGAACUUCUGGCUUGGCUUGGUCGUACUGCUGUUCACAAAGAGACCAUCACAUGAAGUAGCUAAAGACUCUGAGAAGGCGAAAAUGUGGUUGAUGCUGAAUGAUAUCCCGGUGCCGGAGACCGAGGAAGAAAUUAUGAAACUAUUAUCGCAAAUGAUCUUCAAAAUGUUUGCCAAUCGGUUCCUUCUGGUGAAGGAAGAACUAGACAAAAUUUAGAGCAAUGGAUACAUCGGAAUGCGUAGACAGUCGAGACCCGCAACUGCUGGAAUUCUGCCACAAAACUUCGAGAGAGCGCGUGCUCUUCAAUUGACUUUUUGUUGGAAUGCUACGUUUGGAAUGUUUCAGAUGGCAUGUUAUAUUCCGUCCAAUAUUUUCUGUAUCAAGAAAAAUGCCUUCUUUUAGUGACAUCAUUUCAACACUUCAGGGUAAAAAAUAACAACAAAGUGUACUUUUCUGUCAGUUAAGUUUCUGUAUCAUUGAAUAGAAUUUUUGAUUCACGAGAUUAAAAUAAUACAACUUAAGCAGGAGCAGUAUAGGACCA